UACUUGGAACAUACACUUCUAACUCACCAUUCAGAACAACUCUUCUUCAACAUACAUUUCAGACAACAAAAUGAGUCUACUUAGAAUGGAAUUCAAAUGGAUGAUUGUGCUGUUGUUGUUAUUUGGAACUAUUUUCACCAUAAUUAGCAGCAAGAUUGUGGUUAAUGACUCCUUCUCAUCAGGACAGGAAAGGGCAACAGACCUUCACAAAAGUCAUGUAAUUAAGAGCAUUCAGAGUGAAGAUGGAGACAUCAUUGACUGCAUAGAUAUCUACAAGCAGCCUGCCUUUGAUCAUCCUGCUCUAAAAGAUCAUAAAAUCCAGUUGAGGCCCAGCCACGACGUGAAAACUGAAAACACCUCAGCCAGCAAGAAAAUGUAUGUUGGGAGAAACAUCGGCUCCCCUGUGACUGUGACUACACAAACAUGGCACAAAAGUGGAAGUUGUCCCAAAGGGACAAUCCCUAUCCGGAGAACACAAACAAAUUAUGGUUCCAAAGGGCAGUCAGACAGCAACUAUGCGAGAAAAACGCCAGUGCUUUUGCAUAACGAAAAGCAAGCAAACGAGAGCAAAAAGCUGUAUCUUCUGCAGACGAACCACUCAUUGGCAAUUUUGCAUGCGGACGGGUUUGCUUACAUGGGGGCGAAAGGAGAUAUAAGAGUCUGGAAUCCUAAAGUCGAAUUAGACGAUGAGUAUUCUACUUCUCAGGUGGCUCUCAAAAGCGGCCCUUACUAUGAUUAUGAAGCGAUUGAAGCCGGUUGGGCAGUAAAUCCUAAAGUCUAUGGAGACAGAAAGACUCGACUCUUCGUUUACUGGACAGUUGAUGCUAACCAGAAAACGGGCUGCUUCGACGUAACCUGUCCAGGUUUUGUCCAAACGAGCAACGAGAUAGCCCUCGGUGCUGCAAUAUAUCCUAUCUCAAAACCCACCGGACUACCAUACCAAAUAACUCUCUACAUCCACAAAGUAACCAAAAUUCAGCUUAUACGAAACGAAACGUUUAUCAAAUUUUCUGCUUAUUUUGUCGUUUUUGGCUUUCAGGAUCCAGCUACAAGCAACUGGUGGGUGCAAUACGGCGAAACGAUCAAUAUCGGAUACUGGCCACACGAUCUCUUCGCGCUGCUGAAAUUUCACGCUCAGACGGUUCAAUGGGGUGGUGAAGUUUACAGUCCAAGGGUAGGAACUCAUCCUCAUACGAGCACCGCUAUGGGAAACGGGCAGUUUCCUGACUAUGUGUUUGGGAAUUCAGGGUCCAUCAAGAGGAUGAGAGUAGUGGAAAACAACAUGGUUUUGAGGUUGCCACAGUGGGUUAAUGGUUGGUCAGAUGAGUAUGAUUGUUAUGGUAUUUUCUAUCUCAGUGACUAUGUUGAAGAGCCUGAGUUUUACUUUGGAGGGCCUGGUAGGAAUCCCGUGUGCCCUUAGGGAGUUCCUGUCUGAAAAUAGGACAUAGAUGAACCUUAGCAGAUGGUAAUUAAUUUAGCAUGAAAACACAGUUUGGAUCAAAAGCAUGUCAUUUUCACUUGAGUUUGGAUCAGGAACUAUUUAGCAUCUUCACAAAAAACUCAAGAAUCAGGCCUUUCUGAACAUCAGCAGACACCAAGUCUAGUCGCAAGACGACUAUAUUACAUUUGUCAUCUGAUCCGUGCUAAACACGGACAGGGUUUUGGAUAACAGAAAAUUAUAACACUAGAUUCG